UCGUGGGCUCGUAGCUGUGCAUAAGAGACUAUGACAGCCACCACGGGCUCGGGAGUAAAAGUCCCUUGCAAUUUUCGACUGUUGGAAGAACUGGAAGAAGGCCAGAAAGGAGUAGGAGAUGGCACAGUUAGCUGGGGUCUAGAAGGUGACGAAGACAUGACACUUACAAGAUGGACAGGAAUGAUAAUUGGGCUUCCAAGGGUGGACCUAAGAGCUAUAUCAGUGCUAGCAAAAUGGCAGAAUUCAUACAGCAUCAAAGUUGUCCUGCAAGAGCUCAGGAGCCUAAUGAUGUCUAAAGAAAACAUGAAACUCCCUCAGCUGCCCGAAGGACAGUGUUACAACAAUUAA